AUGCAUCUUUUCGGUACUUCCAUAUUGGUCACCUGCGUUACUUUCGUAGCUCAAGCAAGUGGUCCACAGAUGAGAGGCGCAAUAAGGCCCGUAGAACCGCCGGGAAUAGAUGGACACAAUGGAGAUCGAGGAAACCCAGGACCUAAAGGUCCAACAGCUCCGAAAGGAAUGAGUGAGAUGCAAGGACCGCAAGGAUUGAAAGGCCCGAGAGGCUACAAGGGGUGA